AUGGCGAUUGCUCAGAAUGUCCGACCACAGGGUGCUCUCCCGAGUGCUACUGACAAGAAUCUUAGAGAUUGUAAAGCAGUCACCUUGAGGAAUGGCAGAGAACUUGAAGAAGUGCCACCAAAAAACAACAAGAAGGUAGAUGUUGAACUCAUUCCAGCACAAAGAACUGAAGCUGAAAAGAGUCCCGAGAAAGUCUUGCAGCAGCCUGAACGUGUGGUGACUAGACCACCUCCACCAUUCCCACAGCGCUUCCAGAAACAAAAAAUAAAUGCAACCUGCAAGAAAUUUCUUGAAAUAUUGAAGCAGGUGCACAUCAACAUUUCUUUGGUAGAGCUCUUGCAAAAAGUUCUAAAAUAUGCUAAGUAUAUCAAGGAUGUUGUUGCAAAUAAGAGGCACUGGACAGAAUUUGAGACUGUGGCACUUACUGAAGAGUGCAGUUCUAGAGUGAGGAGCAAGAUUCUACCAAUGCUGAAAGAUCCGGGCAGUUUUACUGUUUCUAUCACUAUUGGUAAUAUCAAAGUUGGGCUGGCAUUGUGUGAUUUGGGUGCUAGUAUUAAUCUGAUGCCCAACUCUGUGUUCCGAAUAUUGGGGUGGGGUGAGCCAUGGCCAACAACAGUCACGUUACAGUUAGCUGAUAGAUCUCUUGCUUAUCCCGAUGGUAUAAUUGAAGAUGUUCUCGUGAAGGUGGGUCCUUUUAUUCUGCCGGUUGAUUUUAUUAUCCUUGAUUACGAGGCAGAUAAGAAUGUCCCUCUCAUCAUGGGAAGAGGAUUCUUAGCGACUGUUGAUGCGGUUAUUCGAGUCAGAAAUGGGAAGAUGUCUAUCACAGUUGAUGGGCAAGAAGCUUCUUUUGAUGUUUUCAAGGCUACUAGGCUUCCGCCCUAUUAUGAAGAAUUGAAGAUGAUUACAGUUGUGGAGCCCAAGCUCAUGAAUGCAAGGUUAGAUCACUUUCUAACUUCUGGAGAUCCCUUGGAGAUAGCAUUGGUGUAUGGUGAAGACUUGGUGGAUGAUGAAAACGUCAAGGAGUGUCUUUAUAUUCUUGACACUUCUUGUGCAUAUUUAUGA